AUGUCCAGCUUCUUGAGCCUUCCCCGCGAACUUCGCGACCAGAUUUAUGAACUUUGCUUACUGCACCAAGACCUUCUCGACCCUUGGCACAAUCAAAGCCAGGAGAUCACCACUGGGGUCCUUUGCGCGAGCACGGUUGUUCACCGCGAAGCGAGUACGCUGUUCUACGGCCAGAAUACCUUUGAUUUUACCGCUGUUACUCUUGAGGGAGUAGCCACGUUCCUUCAGACAAUCGGCAACAAUGCCGCCCUUAUUCGGCAUGUUCAUAUCGACUUUCCACUAUUUCGCACUCUAGGCCCUAGUAAUAUCACUUUUGACGACACUUGCAUUGAUAUCCUGACAAACAUCCAAAGCGCCUGCGCUAAUAUUAUCACACUUACGACGUCCUUGGACAGCUCAAAUAGCAUGGAGCUUACGCUCGAUGAACUGGACCACCCCAAGGUCGUCACUGAUGCUCUAGAGCUGGUCGACCGUCGCUUCAGAGCCAGUGCAUCCCUCCAAGAGGUUACCAUUGAGCUUUAUGAGGAUGGCCCGGAUUAUGGCAUAAGAAGAAAGAUGGAGAGUCAUGGGUGGAAAAUCCACACAACAGAAAAUGUGAGAGAGGAGGAAUUGGAGAGGCCUUGGAGUGAGAUUGAUUACGAUGAUUAUGUCUCCCGUAGUAUUAGCGGGGGAUACUACGACGAUGAUUACGAUGAUUACGAUAUCGACAAUGACAGCGACUUCUGGAGAAGGGCGGCUGACUAG